AUGCGCGCGGAGCCUUCGGCCCCCGGCGAAGCGCGCGACUACGACGCGUCCGCCGCCUUCCUGGGGGAGUGGGGCCGCUUCCAGCGGCGGGUGUUCUUCACGCUCUGCCUCAGCGUCAUCCCCAACGGGUUCGCCGGCCUCUCGAUCGUUUUCGUGGCCGACACGCCGCCCCACUGGUGCGCCCUGCCCGCGCGCCUCAACCUGACCGACGCGUGGCGGAACAGCAGCAUCCCGUGGGAGAGGGACGAGAGCCGCGGGGGCGCGGAGACGCGCAGCAAGUGCUCCAGGCUCAAGCUGGACGAGGUCGUGAGCUUCUCGGAGAGAGGCCUGCUGCCUGGCAUUGACUGGGACCUGGUGUGUGAUGAAAGCUGGAAGAACCCCCUGACGUCCUCUCUCUUCUUCUGUGGUGUUCUCACUGGCUCAUUCAUUUCAGGACAGCUGUCGGACAGAUUUGGAAGGAAAAUAGUGAUGUUUGCCACAAUAGCACUUCAAGCAGUGGCUACAUUCAUCCAAGUCUUCUCUUCAAGCUGGACUGGAUUCUGUUCUAUGUUUUUUAUCGUCGGGUCGGCCCAAAUCUCCAACUAUGUUGCUGCAUUUGUCUUAGGCACCGAGAUAUUAAGCCCACGGGUCCGGACGGUUUACUCCACGGCGGGAGUGAGUCUGUUCUUCGCUGUGGGGUACAUGCUGCUACCCCUGCUCGCUUUCUUCAUCAGAGACUGGAGGAUGCUUCUCCUCUGCCUCACGCUGCCCAGUUGCCUCUCUUUGCCUCUCUGGUGGUUCAUACCAGAGUCUCCUCGGUGGCUGCUUUCUAAUGGGAGAAUGAAAGAAGCUGAGGUCAUAAUCAGAAAUGCCGCAAAGAUGAAUAAAAUCGAGCCUCCAUCUGUCAUCUUUACUCCUCCACUGAAAGACGCUAAGCCUGAGAAGAGGAGGCCCAACAACAUCUGUGACCUGCUCCGUACGGGAAACAUCCGCUGGACCUCCAUCACGCUGUGGCUGGUCUGGAACACCCUUACUAUUGCCUACUUUGCUCUUUCCCUGAACACGGCAAACCUCCAUGGGAACCCGUACUUCAACUGUUUCCUGUCAGCUCUGGUAGAGUUUCCAGCCUACACUUUGUCUUGGGUCAUGUUCCGUUGGUUUUCCAGGCGACUGAGUCUCUUCUCAACUCUUUUCACUGGAGGGUUGUUUCUGCUCAUCAUACAGCUCAUACCUGCACACCUGGUCUAUGUGGCCAUAACGCUGGAGAUGCUCGGGAAGUUCGCCGUGACGACGGCCUUCGCCGUUGUUUACGCCUACACGGCAGAAAUCUACCCCACUGUCCUGAGGAACACAGCUGUCGGAGCUUGCUCCAUGGCUUCCAGAAUAGGCAGCAUCGUUGCUCCCUUCUUCAUUUAUUUACGAAGCUAUUCUGUUUCACUGCCUUACAUCCUAAUGGGGACCCUCACUACCCUGGCGGGGUUGCUGAGUCUCCUGCUUCCUGAGAGCUAUGGAAUGCCUCUGCCUGACACCAUCACUCACAUGCAACACUUCCCGGGUUCCAGAUGCUGUCAGAAGACACCUUAUUCGCGAACAGGCACUGAAGAAGAGGACAACACUGUGGAAGGGAAAACUCCACGUUCGAAUAACAACCCUCAAAUCUGAUGAAAUGACUAUCAAAACAGUUUUUUUUUGCACAUUUAGUGUAAACUAGACAGAAAAUCUUAAAAAAUUGUUGCCUUGCUAAUGCAUGUGGCUGUUUAAAUGCAAUAUCUCCACAAAGGAAUAACUAUUCUCUUAAUGAAUUGUCUCUUCUUUUGCAUUAUACUUGCUCACCAUCAAUGCAAAUGAUUAACAGUUAGAACAAUAGAAUAGAAUACUUUAUUCAUCCACCAGUGGGGCAUGUUCAAACAUAAGAAGUAACCUAUUGCCUCAGAAAAGUAAAAGAUUAUGUCCUCAUAGACUUUUUGUGUAAAUAAAUGUUAAAAUAACAUCAAAGACUGUAUGCUUUAUUAGUUCUUGA